AUGAAAACAUUUCUGGUGCUUUUGAAGCGAAAACGACAUCGUCGAAACGUGGUCACGCUGUUUCUUCUCAAUUUAACUUUGGUCAGCGCUCUCAUGGUUUGUCAAAUGCCAUUCAAUAUCCACGCAGCGAUGAAACAGAAAUGGAUAUUUGGCGAUGGAUUUUGUCAAUUCAAUGGCUUUUCUAAUGUGUUUCUAUGUAUGGACCAAAUCUUCACGUUGCUGUGUUUAACAAUAGAUCGAUAUCUGGCCGUGGUAAAACCUCUCAGACACCGUUCCCUGAUGACACGCCGAACCGCUUAUAAAAUGCUGGCCGGCGUGUACUUUCUGUCAUUUCUGUUGGCGGUCGUACCAAUAUUCGGUCAGGCCAGAAACAAACGUGUGCUUAUUAGUAAGAGUUCCACGUCGACACUGAGCUCGAAGGAUGCCCCGUCGUUUGACAGCAAUAGUCUGGGUAAUUUCGAAGACGCCAGCACAGAUCCAUCUUCGGAAACCGAAUAUAGACUAGCAGCGCUCAAAAUAAUAGAGGACUCGAAAAGAGGCAUCGCGGAAUAUGAUAACAAAGAAAAAAUAUCGGAUUGUAAAAUUACAGAAGAUUUCAAGAAUGAGAUUGGGAAAAGUGAUUUAGACACUUCUGUGGAGAGUGAUCAUUUACCUGUGGAAUGCACGACAAGAACCCAUUCAGAAAUGACAAAGAGCUCAAAGGAAGCAUUUGUGGGGAAUUCUUUGAAUUGUGGCUCGACAAGUAAACAGCAAUUCACAGAGAAUGGAUCGUCAAAAAAGAACAAAACGGGAAAUGCAAGGGUGGAGCAGGAUUUACCAACGAAUUCUUCAAACGAACUGCGUUUAACAAGAGAGGAAUCUGGUAAGAAUCACAAGAGUUAUUCAGUGGACACUAGAAAUGGCGACCGUGCGUCUUUGAAGAAUAAAAGCACCUCGAAUAUUGACGAUGCGAGUCAGACGCGUAUUCGAUACAUCAACGUGACAGGCGAGGAAAACUUUGAGAUAGAGAAAGAUGUGCCGCACUCGGAUUCUAAGACGGAAGGAUUGACGGAAAAGGCAACAUGCUCUGCUCGUGACACCUGCACAGACGAUGAUUCGAGCGCAUUCGGAAUGGACGAAAGCCAUAAAACCGCUGGGAAUAAGCAUGUUUCAUUCGAUAGCGCACUGGAGGCAAGUCCGUCGAAAGAGAAAGACGGAAAGAGAAGAAGGCUUUCCGGUUUGUUCCAAGUACCUCGUUCAUGCAAAGCGAUCACUGAUCUCGUCAUAGCUCGCAUGAAGAAGCAAAAAGCGAUACGACACGAGUUCAAGAUUGCGCGCACAGGCACGAUAUUGGUGCUUUCGUUUCUCAUCCUUUGGAUGCCAUACGUCAUAGCGCACUCGUGUUUCGUCGGAGCUUGUCGGACUAUGACGUUCUACAACAUUGCAAUGUUCCUGGUGUAUACGAACGCGCUUGCUAACCCAAUCAUCUACGCGCUCACGAACAAAACUGUUAUGCAAGACAUUCGAAAGUCGAUGGAAAAGUUUUGUGGGUGAGCGUUGAAAA